AUGGACCCGAACUCAGACCCAGGAGGUGGCCCAGCCCACCGGAGUGAGCAUGGCACUCCACUGCAACAGGAGCCAUGGAUAUCAAUACAGACCCUGGCUACUGGCUACUGUAGGACCCGAGACCCACACAUGGCCCUUGGGAGCAGCCUGAUCCAAACAUGGCAGUGGUCCCAGAGGUUGUGGGCGGUGCAGCGGCUGCAGCGCCUCCUGGCCUCCGGGACCGUGUCGCAGAGCCGGGGAUGGCUCCACCCAUUCAGCACUGCCACCCCAAGAACGGCUGGGGAAGACUGCAGUUCUGAGGACCCUCCUGAUGUACUUGGUCCCUCCCUUGCUGAACAAGCCUUAAGGCUAAAAGCUGUUAAACUGGAAAAAGAAGUCCAAGAUUUAACACUAAGAUACCAGAGAGCUGUUGCUGAUUCUGAAAACAUAAGGAGACGAACCCAAAGAUGUGUGGAAGACGCCAAGAUAUUUGGAAUCCAAAGCUUCUGUAAGGACUUGGAGGUGGCAGACAUUUUGGAGAAGACUGCUGAGUGCUUUUCAGAAGGAGCCAAACCUGAGGACCACAAGCUUACUCUGGAAAAAGUCUUUCAAGGACUGUCUCUUUUAGAAGCAAAGCUGAAAAGUGUGUUUGCCAAGCAUGGCCUAGAGAAAAUGACGCCCAUUGGUGACAAAUACGACCCUCAUGAGCAUGAACUCAUCUGUCACAUGCCAGCAGGUGUUGAGGUACAGCCUGGCACUGUGGCAUUAGUACGACAAGAUGGCUACAAACUUCAUGGCCGCACCAUUAGACUUGCCCAAGUGGAAGUGGCCGUGGAGUCUCAGAGAAGGCUAUGAACGAGCCACCGGGAACUAAA